UGUAUAAAAACAGAAACUUCUCCCAGUUCCUCCAACAGCUUCAUCUGACUCUCUUGUCUUCAUUACAUCUUCUCAAAGAAGCAGAUUCAUCUUCAGCCAUGGUUGACUGUGGCCCAUCCUGUGCCAUCCCAUCCUGUGCUUCCACCCCCACUGUUGGGUUUGGAUCUGCAGCUCUUGGUAGACGCGGAAGUCUUGGCUACGGAUACGGAGGUCUGGGCUACGGCUAUGGAGGUCUCGGCUACGGUUAUGGAGGUGCUGAAAGAGCAGCCAAUCUCGGUGUCCUGGGCGGAGUCAUCCCUUCAUGUGUCAACCAGAUCCCACCAGCAGAGGUCGUCAUCCAGCCACCUCCCACUGUCCUGACCAUCCCAGGACCCAUCCUCUCUGCCAGUUGCGAGCCUGUGUCUGUCGGAGGCAACACCCCGUGUGCUGCUGGUGGUUAUGGGUCUGGAUUUGGCAGCGGAUUUGGCAGAGGGCUCUAUGGUGGUGCAGGUCUUCUGGGGUCCAGCUCUGGGGCUUGGGGGGGCCGUAGCCGUUAUGGGUUUGUGGGGCGUAGAGGCAGCAUCUGCUAUUCCCCCUGCUAAGCUCUCACGGUCUGUCAACCUGGAGGAAACAUAAAGAGAUCUGUGG